AUGUCAAGCGCUCCAACUGGAAUCUUCUUCAACGUGAAUGGGAAAGAUGUGAUUGAACACAACUUCGACCCAGAACUCACUCUCGCCUAUUACCUGAGGAACAAGUGUAAGGCUCGCACAAGGGAGUAUCACUUUCAGUUAUCGAUCUUAUUUCAGUAGGCCUGCGAGGCACAAAGUUGGGAUGCGAGGAGGGAGUGUGUGGCUCGUGCACAGUGGUCCUCGGUACGUGGGACGAGUCACUCAACAGGGCAGUCUACCGAGCAGUCAACGCGUGUUUGGUGCCUCUGUUCCACGUGCACACGACAUUUGUGAUCACUGUCGAGGGCGUCGGAAGUCGCGAUAAGAUCCAUCCGAUCCAGGACAGAAUGGCCAGGGGACACGCCGUGCAGUGUGAGCUUUUGAUGCAUGAACUGACAUACGUAAACGUGUUUUUUCUUCCAGGUGGCUUCUGUUCUCCUGGAUUUGUGAUGUCCGCCUACGCUCUCCUUCGCAACCAUCCCAAUCCAACGAUUGAGCAAAUCAACACUGCGAUCAAAGGAAAUCUGUGCAGAUGCACUGGCUAUCGUCCGAUUCUCGAGGCUCUCUACAGUUUCUCGGAUCAAUCGGACGGAUGUUGUGGAGGAAAUAAGCAGGGAGGAGGGUGUUGUAAAGAAAAAGGAAACGAGGACGAAGGGUACGACGAGAAGCUGCUCACUUUCAAUGAUUUUCCCAAAUAUGACCCAACUCAAGAAAUAAUCUUCCCGCCUUCGUUAAGAGUGAGUACUUUUAGAGCAAAAAGCCGCCGAAUGGGGUUUUUUUGCAGACUUUCACUGAUAGUGGAGACCUGGUGACACUGAAAGGAAGUCGAAUCGAACUCGCUAUUCCAAAGUCACUGGAACAGUUCCGAAUUGCCAGCAGAGAUGCGGACAAUGUUUUGUCAUCAGGACUCAUCACACGGCUCUGUAAGUGUAAUGGUUUUGAAAGUAUAAUAACUCUUUGUUCAGUAACUGCUCAAAAACCUGAACAAUUUGCCAAGAAAUGGGUGAGCACGAAGUACGUGGACGAGUUCAACGAGAUUGUUGUAGGUCCAGAGACAGUCUCCGUUGGUUCUGCUGUCAAUAUUCAAAGUGAGAAACGUCUAUAUCUAGUCUAUAAGAGUCUAUCGUUUUUCAGAACUUUCCGACACUUUAGCCAGCAUUCUUCCUCCCGCAAUCAGUGCAGAAACAGCCUACUUCAUUCGAAAGUUCUCAUCUCAACAAGUGGUUAACUUUGCGGUACGCUUCAAUUUGUUCACUCUCAUCCAUUUUAACAUCAGACAUGGGCCGGAGCAAUCGUUUCUGCUUCAAACUCCUCCGAAUCCGUCAGCGACAUUGCUCUCUUCCUUUCCGUUCUUGAUACAAAACUGACAGUGUUGACUGAAAGCAAAGAAAUGAUCACGAUUGGAAUAGAAGAGUUCUUCGAGCAGAAACCAAGCCAAAAGACGACAAUUGUGAACGCAUUGUUCAAGAGAUCUGAGACACGACGUCUUUUUUGUUUCAAACUCGGAGAAACCAGCGAGCAGGACUCCACUAACUUCAAUUUCGGCGCCCUCGUCGGCAACGCAUCGAGCAGAGUGUUUGUGGGAUUGGGAGGACAGCCGAAGAGAUUGAAGGAGUUGGAAGAGCACAUCGACAGCGGGAAACAGUUGAGAAUACUAGUCAGAAGCGGGAAAAUACAAUAUCAAUUGCAGAAUUGGCGUGGAAUCAUUAGUGAGUUUGACUGGAAUUGGAAGCCACCGGAAAGAAACGAACGCAGCAAUGGAACAUCUAGCUCUGUUUUUGAAGAGCGAACUUAUCCGAAAAGAAGCAAACGAGGAGAUUGUCAACUACCUACAAUACUUCCAGGUGCAAAAGAUGUGUCGGUAUGGUUUCUCAUAAAAUUAGCAUUGUAGCCUUCUACAAAUGAAUCCGUGGGUCGUUCAAUCGCCAACUACUUCAACGAGAGAGCAAUCACCGGAGAAGCCCUUUACGUGAAUGACAUCCAAACUCACAGUAUUAUUUAUCCCUUCUUUCUGUGCAUUCUCAUUCAUAAUCUUCAGACCCCCUUCACCUCGGAUUCGUUCUUUCCACAGUUCCACAUGCCGAAUUGAUUGCCGUUGAUACGUCGGAGGCUUUGAAACUGGAAGGAGUCGCCGGAUAUUUCGGUGUUCGUGAGGUACAGGGAAGCAAUUCGCCCGGUCUCUCAGCGUCAAACGUGAGCUUCCCCGACGACACGACAGUUUUCGCAGAUAAGAAAGUGAGAGUGACUACAAAAAACGAUAGACAUGUGAUUCGUCUGUUUGCAGGUUGAAUCGGUGGGUCAAGUGAUCGGAGUGAUAGCCGCAAACGAUGUGGUUGUGGCGAGACGGGCUGCCAAAUUAGUGAGAGUCGAGUACAAGCAUCUUCCGGCUCUUGUGCAUUUCCAAAAAGCAAUCGAAGCAGAAUCACUUCUCGGAGACGUUCAACAUUUCGGAAAGUCAGAAGAUGAAGUGAAAGAGUCGUUCAAGCACGCUGAUUUUGUUCUGGAAGGAGAAAUAAAUGUGGGAGGACAGGAACACUUUUAUAUGGAAACACAAAGCAGUUUGGUUGUUCCCGGAGAAGGCGAUGAACUGUUUGUGAAAUGCUGAAGUUUAUAUUUAAUUGCAUUACGCUUUCAGUGUUGUCCAUUGCUCAACUCAAGGAACUAGCUUCACUCAACUGAUGGUCGCAGAGACGCUGAACCUUCCAGCUCAUAAAAUCGUUGUCAAGGUGAAACACUAUUAUAUUAUAUUAUAUGUAGCCUCAUUCUUCUACAGACUAAACGACUCGGUGGAGGAUUCGGCGGAAAAGUGAACAAUGCGUCGUGGAUAGCUUGUAUGUGUGCAGUGGUAGCUCGAAAACUGAACCGACCCGUCUACGGAUUCCUUUCGAGAGGAGACGACCUGGCAAUCACCGGGAAGAGACAUCCGAUACACGCCAAGUACAGGUUCGAUUGAAUUUCAAACAUACAAAUCAAAUAUGAUUUUUCAGAGUUGGAAUAGACGCAGAGGGAAAAGUGAAGGGAAUCCACCAUCAAGUGUGGCUGAAUGGCGGCUGGUCGAAAGAUCAUUCCGAGGGAGUCACGAUGGUCAUGGGCGUCAAGAUUGAUGACGUCUACAAUAUGGGAGCACUGCGCUUUGAUGGAUAUCCGGUAAAAACAAACUCGUGCAGCAACACUGCGUUGAGAGGGUACGGAAAUCCUCAAGGCAAGCUGAUAAAUGAGGGAGUGAUGAGACGAAUUGCGCACAAAGUGAAGAAACCAGUAGAAGAAGUUCGUUUUUUUUCUGAUUUUUCAGGUAGUAAUAGAUCGGUAUUCAGGUAAAAAGACUGAACUUUGCGGUGGAAGGAGAAACGAACUUUAUGGGCGGUAGAAUCCACAAUGAUGCUCUUGUCGAAUGCUGGGAGUACUGUACGAAGUGGGCAGAGUUUGAAGCAAGGAAGAUGCAAGUGGAAGAGUUCAAUAUGUGAGUUUCCCCAAUAUGAUUCAUAUUAUAUGAACAACAACAAAUGGAAAUAAUCGUAGGAGCUCCCGGAAUGUAAAACGUGGUAUUGCAAUGUCAUCUGUCCGCUUCGGACUCCCUCAUCCAGGCCCAACUGGGCAUGGAAUCGCUAGUCUCAUGGUCAACUUGGACGGAUCCGUUCAAUUGUCAAUUGGAGGGACAGAAAUGGGACAAGGACUGAAUCAGAAGAUGUUGCAGGUGUGCAGUGAAACACUAAAAGUGAGUAGGCAUAUAAACGGAAUCAAAUGCAAGUAGUUGUGUUUAACAGAGACCGAUUGAAACAUGCACGAUAUUGGACAGUAGCACGGACAAAGUGACGAACGCUCCCGAGACCGGAGGAAGUCAGAACGCGGACACGAACGGAAUCGCAGUCAUGGAAUGCUGCAAGAGAAUCCUUUCGAGACUUCAACCACUGAUUGACAAGAACGAUGGGGAUUGGAAGAAAGCAGUUCGAGAGGCAUUCAAUUCGUACGUUCCAUUACAGUGCACGGAGUAUGGAGUGUAAGGGUUGUCGUUGUAAAUGAGAAACAAAAACCUUAUUUGAGUGUCGAGAGAAACGCGUUCGGUGUUGGAGAGAUGGAGGCGCCGUAUAACACGACGGGAGCAUGUGCAGUAGAGAUGGAAGUGGACACUUUGACCGGUUACAACCGAGUGAUCCGAGUGGAUAUUGUGAUGGAUGUGGGCGAGAGUCUCAAUCCGGCCAUCGACAUCGGACAGAUCGAAGGGGCAUUCAUGCAGGGAUACGGACUAGUCACUUGUGAAAAAGUCACAUUUAAUGAAAAGACCGGGAAGCUGGAUCAAAGUACGGCUGGGAAGUACAAGAUUCCAAAAGCAGCGGAUGUUCCGAAGAACUUUCGAGUCAAACUGCUCGGGAUAAAUAAAGUGACCGGCGCUCAAGUGUACUCCUCGAAGGGAAUCGGAGAGCCCCCGUUGAUGAUGUCGUGUGGAGCAGUUCAUUCGGCCGUCAUGGAGUGCAUUGACAGCUACAGAAAAGAGAACGGAAUGCAUGAUUUUGUGGAAACCGUCUCUCCGUUGAGUGCUGACAAGAUUUUGGAAUUGUGUUCCAUUUGA